CGGCCCGUCUUCGCUUCUGCAGUUUUUCUUUGCUUUGCUUUUCUUUUGCGGGAAAUAGCAAUAUGAGGUUCAGUAAGACCUUGAAGAAUGUGGGACGGUAUUCUUUGAAUAUAUUCUUUGAUAGAUGCUAGUUUGCCCCCGGGGUUAUGAUACAGCGGAAGGGCAUCCAGGUUGUCAUCUAGGUAUCCGUGAUUCAAGUCCCAGCUAUGAUGAAUUUGUAGUCAUUUUUCUCCAAAUGGGACACGCAACUAAAGGAUGUUGGGCUCCUGGCUGCCUGUAGCACUUCCCGAUUUACCCUGGUGGCCGGUGGAAAACUUCCGUAGGGCCGGACAGGUUACCAGGCUCGACGUUACCUAAACUGAUUAAUCAUUUUUUUUUGGAUAGAUGCUAGUUUAAUCUGUGCGUUGGUAGAUGUGCUUGAAUUAUAUUUGUCUUUGAUGUUAUAGUAUGCCAUACAGCGGUGGAGAAAGUUGGUGUUCUGUACGUGCAGAGAAAACUGAAGAUGGAAUAUACUAUACUCUUCAUUUAGAUGCAACGAGUUGCAGAGUUGUAAGAGUUGAACUGGGCAUCAGAGGUUCUAAGACCUUCAACUAUAAAGUUGAAGAGAAAAAGAUUCCAGUGGAAUUGUUGACCAGUACAAGAGAGGACUUUUUUGAUUUCAUUGUUUUGGCAUUAAAAGAAUCUGUUGAAAGAGACGACAAUGAUUUUGAGCAAAUGCCUAAUUUAAGGAUGGGACUCGGGUUUGCAUUUCCUUGUCCAAUUAAACAAUUGUCUUAUUCUUCCGGCGCUCUUAUUAAUUGGGCAAAAGGCUUUGCAGUUGGAGAAGUUGUCGGAGAAGAUGUUUCACAAUGUUUAGAGGAAGCCAUGGCAAGGAAUGGAUUGAACAUGAGUGUAGCUGCAUUGGCGAAUGAUCCUGUGGGAGCAUUAGCUCUUGGUCAUUAUCACGAUAAAGACACUGUAGCCGCAGUGAUAAUUGGAACUGACACCAAUGCAUGCUAUAUUGAGCGAAUGGAUGCAAUUAUUAAGUGUCAAGGUCUUCGCACAAACUCUGGAGACAUGGUUGUCAACAUGGAAUGGGGAAAUUUCUGGUCAGCACAUCUACCUAGAACCACUUACGAUAUUGCUUUGAAGGAUGAAAAUACAAGGCGAAACGACAAAAGUUUCUCAAAACUGAUUUCGGAAAUGUACUUGGGUGAAAUUGUUCGAAGAGUUCUUCAUAGAACUGCAAACGAACUGAGUAUUUUCAGAGAUUCUACUCAUCAACUAUCAGUACCAUUUACCUUGAGGACAUCUUUGAUGGUUGCCAUGCACAAGGAUAACUCUGUGGACCUACGAGACGUCGGAAAGAUCCUCCAAGAAAGUUUCCAGAUAUCCGGUACUUGUUUGAAAGAAAGAAUGCUGGUCACGAGAGUAUGUGAUAUUGUGAUCCGAAGAGCUGCCAGAUUAGUUGCAGCAGGGAUAGUUGCUAUACUGAAGAAAAUAGGCCGAGAUGGAUAUGGUAGAACAUCAAGCGGAAGCAUCACCCAAGGUAGAUCAAGAAGAAAGGUCAUUGCAUUCGAGAGUAGCCUUUAUAUUCAUUAUCCGAUCUUCCGGAAGUACCUUAACGAAGCCAUAUCGGAAAUCUUGGGCGAAGAGGUUGCCCAGAAUAUAGUCCUUCGGAUUUCUGAAGAUGGAUCAGGAAUCGGCACUGCUUUGCUGGCUGCUGUGAAUUCAUCCCGAAGAUGAAUAUUGGAACUUUCAAUUCAAUUCUUUUUUUUUGCUGUGCAAAUGUAAGAAAUUGUUUCAUAGUCAUA